CUUGAAAAAGAUGAAUGAAGAUUGGACAACCAAGAAAGUAGACAAGUAUGUGGUAGUGAACAAAACUUUGGGCCAAGGAGCGUAUGGAAUUGUCUAUAGAGGCUUUUAUUAAGAAGACGAAACUAAACAAGUGGCUGUAAAAACCAUAAAAAUAGCAGUAUUUUUGUGAAAAGUUAACUAUAUUAGACUAUUUCAGACACUCCAAAAAUGAUUGAGUUGAUCAAAAGAGAAAUAGCUAUCCUCCAAAAAAUCAAUCAUCCAAAUAUAGUGAGGUUGUACGAUGUGGCUCGUACUAAUAACUAUUUGUACAUGUUUCUUGAGUAUUGUGCUGACGGUGAUCUCAAAGAUUACAUGGCCAAAAAGGAAGAAAAAAGAUUAAGCGAGGUAACUCUCAUUCAUAAUUUUAUAAGCUUGAAGCUGUGAUCUUUAUCAAACACAUUGUCGAAGGAUUUAAGAGAUUGUACAAACAGAAGAUUAUUCACAGAGACAUUAAACCUGCUAACAUUCUACUUCACUAAGGAGUGGCUAAAAUUACUGACUUUGGUUUUGCACGUGUGAUGGAUUCAGAAAUGAAUGGUAUUUUUAUCAAUUCAAUUUUUGUUUAGAUCCUGCAUAUCUCUCAAGAUUAGGUUCGCCUCUUUAUAUGGCUCCCCAAAUUCUUGAAGGUCAACCAUUCUCAGCAAAAUGUGAUGUCUGGUCUGUUGGAGUUAUGUUUUAUGAACUUCUUUAUGGCAGAACUCCCUGGUCAGCCGAAAAUGCCUACUCACUACUUGAAAACAUUAAAAAACAAGUAACCUAUUCAAUUUAUCAACAAUAAGUCAUUAAAAUUUCCACCCAAGCCAGUAAGAUCUCAGAAAAUCAAAGAACUUAUAACCCUAAUGUUGAGAGUUUAAGAGAAGGACAGAAUUUCUUGGGAAGGUGUUUUUGAAGAUCCUACAAUAAAAAUUGACGAGGAAACUAUCAAAGAGAAUAUGAAAAAUAUCCUGAAAGAAAAAGGUAGCAAUAAUCUUCAUUUAUAAAGAUGAAAUUUCCAAAUCCAUAAGUCUUAAUAAAUUAUAUAUUGAUCAAAACUUAGUUGUUGGGUAUUUGGCUAAAAAUCCUAUCAAUACUCUAGAAAACUCUAAUCAAUAAACUUUAGAAGCUUCUGCUGAAGCUAGAUCUCAAUCAGCUAAGUUUUCAAGUCAAUUUGAUUCCGAUUCCAAUGUACUUUUUUUGUAUACAAAUCUUAGGCUGAUAUCAUAAUGAGCAAUUACAAAAACGAGAAGAAGAGAAGGGAUGCUAUGCUCAAAUACAAUAAUUACUUUCUAUUUGAAAGAAAUAUAGCUUUCUUCUUUAACUUUGUUAUUCAAAAAAUUAUUAAAUUAUAAACGAAAUUAUAGCUAGCAAAUGACAAUUAUUUCAGAUUAAUUUAUUUGAUUGCCAAAAAUCAAAUGGUUCAUCUUGAAAGAGUCAAUCAAUAAUUAUAGAGAAAGGAUCAUGAUAAAUUCGAUAAGGAAACUUGGGGCAGAUUUUUAGCAUCCUAAGUAUAUCUUCUCAUUUUACUGAAUAGGAAUACCAAAAAUUAAUAUCAUUAAUUUCUAUGGAUAUGAAGCAUUCAUUGGAUUUCUACACUGAAAUCUCAAAGAAGUGCAAUAUUGUUCAAUAAGAAGAAUUCGUGAAUGGAAAAGCAACUGGUGCCGUUUUGAGUUUGAUCAAGAAUUUCCUAUCAAUUCAAAACAAUAACUUUGAAGCAAAUGACACCUUCCAUAUGCUCUAUAGAGACAUCAUUGUUGAGAACUUGAAAAUUAUUAAAAAUCUAAACAGCAAAGAAACAGAAAUUAAUUUGCUCCUUCUUUACCUUUUAAUAUGCUAGAAUCCAUAUGAGGAAUUUAAAGACAUUAACUAUGACUUCAAUACCUUUUAUGAGGAAAUAGAAAAUUUAACUCUUUAAGAAGUACAAGAAAAGCUGUAAAAAAAAGGUUAAAAAUGAG